AGGAUGGAGGGCGGCGAGGCGGGCGGCGGCGGGGGGCUCCUGCAGCAGAUCCUCAGCCUCCGGCUGGUGCCCCGCGUGGGCAACGGCACCACCACCUACUCCAGCCCCCUCUCCACCUUCCCAGGUACCGGCGGCCGCGGCCUCGCCCCGCCCGCCGCGGAGCGGCCCGAGGCGGCGCAGGCCUCACGCCCGCCUCACGCCCCUCUCUCCUUGCCCGCAGAGAUGUGGUACGGCGUGUUCCUGUGGGCGCUCGUCUCCUCGCUCUCCUUCCACAUCCCCGCCGCGCUGCUGGCGCUCUUCACGCUGCGGCAUCACAAGUACGGCAGGUUUAUGUCCGUGAGCCUCCUGCUGAUGGGCAUCGUGGGACCCAUCACGGCCGGGAUCCUCACAAGUGCUGCUAUUGCUGGAGUUUACAGAGCUGCUGGGAAAAAAAUGAUUCCUUUUGAAGCCCUCAUUUUAGGAGUGGGUCAGACAUUCUGUGUGGUGGUAGUUUCCUUUCUACGGAUUUUAGCCACUCUCUAGCUUUUCUUCAGACACAAGAGAUCAAAGAUCAAAGGAAGAGCAAACAAUGAGCCACACGUUCAGUCUCUGUGAAGCCAAUAAUGAGGAAGCGCACCUCGAGGUGUACCUCGGUGUGUGCUUUCUCCCCUGCUUAAAGGGUGCGUGCAGGUAUGUUCCUGCCUCCAACGUGGUAGCAGAGGCUCGCAGAGUCUCUUACUGUGACAGACAAGAUACUCAAGAUCCUCUUUGCAGAUUUUAAUGUGAAGGGUUGUGCGCCACAAGCAUAUGUUGGGGAAUGUGGUUUCUUUAACUUAUGUUGCUCAUGUACCAGCCAUAAUAUCUGGGUUAGUUCUCUUAUGGCACUGCUGAAGCUGUACCGCUAAGAGCUAGUAUUUACAGGCAAUGCUCCAAGCAUCGGAUGCUUUCCAACUGGAAUAUGCCAUUAUAUUGGUCUGCAGUCUGCUAUAGAUUUGGCUGAAGGUAAGGUAAAAAUAGUUAAUUUUGUUACGUUUUGGUAACACUAAGUGCCAAGUGAGAUUUUAUUUUUCUGGAAGAUGGGAAAAGGACUUCUGGAGGAGGCUUAUGAACAUUUCACAGGUGAUGAAUUGUGCUAGUAACAGAAUGCACAGAAUGCAACUAAAAUGUGACACAGGUUAUUUUGGGGUAGAAGUAUUACUACAGAAUGACAUGGUGUCUUCAGAGUUCACUUAAUGCGUCAGCCUGUUGCUGCUUUGUUUGCAGUGAACCUGAAAUUUUGAUGAGAAUUUUUUUUAAAUGAGAAACUUGAUUUUUUUCUUUUUUGUGCUCCAUCUUUCUAAUACCAGAUCGUAGUUAUAGUGAGGUUGGGGAGCAGCAGAAGGAAAAAUUACUUUAGAUAGAUUGAAGUGAAAAUUUGUGUCUGAGAGCUAUGGAUAUGAAUGUUGAGGCAAGGGAAAUAAUCUAUGUUAAAAGGAUCACUAUUUUUGUAAACUUCUAUUACACUGGAAUUCUUCAGACACUGUGCACCUUUUGUAAGAGAGGCAAAGCAUAGCUGAACAAGGGCUACACCCUGUGACUGGUACUAGAAAUCCCGGGGGUGGGUGUGUGCCCUGUUCCUUCUCAAGCUUUGAAAAAGACAUUUAUUUUUGAAUUUCUUAAGUUGUCUAAUUGCUGAAAAUGUUCACAUUGGUAUUAAGUAAUUGGAGAUCUUCACUGAUUUUGUAGAUGUCAGUGGCUGGUAUAUUUAAAAUUCAGCAUGCUGCUUCAGUGAGAGCCUGCAUGGCUGGUGCUGGGUUAUUGUGACUCACCAUUUUCCAGGUGCAGAGGCGGUGAGUGUGCUGCAUUAUAAAUAUUUAGCCACAGUGUCCCAGUGGAUCGUCUGCCUGCUAGGGCCCCAGAAGUGCCUCUGUGAUUCCCGUGUUUCAGUGAUGAGCCGUAUGAACAUAUCCCCCAAACUGACCCUUACCAGUAGGCAAUACAGUCUCUCUUAAUGAAGUGUUUUAAUUAUUUUUAAGUGACUUUUAACCAUUUCUGAGCUCUCCCUUCUUGCCUGGAGGCACACUAUGGGGUCAGGGCUCUCAGGUAGCUAGCUGUGUGCUUUCUGGGGGCUUGGCUUUUUGGGGGCCCUUAGGGAAGCUGAAGAUGAAUCCCAAGGAUUUGGCUGGGCAGUGUAGCCAGCCCCAUGAUUUUGCUGUGAUCCUGAGUAUGGUCCUUGUUUGUCUAUUAUCAGCUGACAGUCACUUGGGUUGCUGAAGGAAAGUGUAAGCUGUGUCCGUAGCAGAACAGCAGCUUCCAAGAACACACUUCCCAUCUGUGCUUUUACUGAACUUGUUUGCUUUCCAGACCAGCUUGCCUGUUGUACCACUUUGUAAGGCCAGUUACCUUCUACGAACUUCAUGUCCUCAGUGCUGAAACAACCCUAAACAGGGUUAUGCAUUUAUCAUGAGAAGGAAAUUCUCUUGAAGUGGCAAGACUCAUUUUGAAUUGUCUGUUCACAGCUAGUGAAGAAAGUUGUUUUUUAGGAGCUGUUCACUGAAAUUAGUCUAAAUUAUAGCUCAUAAUAAUCCAAGGAAUAAAGCCAUGCAAUUUAGGGAAUACUUUAAUGUGAACCCUUCUCCUUAGGUGGGUGAGGUUCAAACUGUAAACAAAUGCUGCUUUAACCCUGCAGACUAUAAACGUAUAGUAAACACUGGAUCUUCUGAGUGCCCUAUAUGCUGAGCUGCUUGUAGAGAGCUGGCCUUACCUUUUGCAGAAAGUGGGAGAAGGAGCAAUGUCAGGCUGGGCCUUUCCUUCCCUCUUCAGUUCUGCCCCGAGUGAAAAAGCAGGAAUGCAGUGGUGAUGAGCUGUUGAGACUUCUUUCCCCUCUCCCACUUUUUAUUUCAAACACUGCACACACAGCUUGUGUCCAGAGUGCCUGGCUUAAUUCAUGUGAACUAUCCUCUAUUCUGUCUUCUGUGAGACGUAGCUCAGACAGGUUUGAUGUUACGUUUUAGAUGAUGCGAGGAACUAAUGUCUUGGGCACCUUCUGUAUUUCCUUUGUUCAUGACCUCAAUGUGUGGGAAGUCGUAGCAAAGAUUGAACUGACUGUCAGUGGGAAAGCACUUCGCCGCUAUGCUGCGUGUUAUGGUGUGAGCAGUGUGCAGGUGUAGGAGAGGACAGUGCAGAGGGAGCACCACAGCUGGAGAGGAUUCGUCCCUGGCCAGGCUCUGUGCUGAAGCAGCUCAGCCUCAACAUGUGGGUCCUAGCAGGGAGCUGUGACCUCGUUGCUGGGGCCCAUGGGGGUCACAGAGAUGGUGUGGGGGGGACAGGUCUUGGCACAGGGCUGCAAAAGCCUUUCCAGUGCCGCUCAGUGGAGGAUUCUUCUGCAGUAAUGAGGUUGAGACCUGCAUGACACACGUCCUUGCUGUUUAGAGCUCAGAACAAAUGAAAAAAAUCCUGUGAUAAAACCCUCCAGCGCUGAGCUGCUGGAAAAGAGCCUCUUUUCUGCCUGUUGUAAUCUCCCAACAUCUCUUCUGAAGAGAGUCUGUUUCACUUGCAAAUUCGCAGCGUGGCUACAUUUUGGGUGUUGGGUGGCUGUACCUCAAGGGCCUGGGUGCGCCCAGGUGUGGUCAAAUUUGGGGGCAAUUCUUGCCUAAAAGGUGAAGUUAGAUGCUCACUUAUCUUAACAAGUGUUAGUCAGGGGGAUGAGUUGUGUGUAUUGCCCUGGUGAUCCCAGAGCACAGCAGGAGGCUGUGCAGGCCCAGCUCUCCUACAUGCCUUCUCUACUUCUCUCUCCGGGAAAACCAAAUUCAAAUUGAAAGGGCAAAGUUACAGGAAGAGUACUUUGGAGUUGAUAGAACCCGGUGCCAAGCAGUUUUCUCCUCUCUGCUCCAUUGCUUUGGUCAUUCCCUUUAUGUUCCCUUCUUCUAAGUGAAGCAAGCAUAGGAAUUGCUCGAGUUGUCCGGCUGCUUUCAGGAGGCUUUGCUCGUGCAGAGGGAUGCAGGAAGGCUGCCUCUGCUCUGUGCAGAAAACCAGGCUGAGCUCCUUCGAGGAGCCUUUCAGGGAAGAGCCCCUCCAAGCCGUGGUGUGCAGCCAGCCCGGCCCAGUUCUUCUGCUGAAGCGCACAGCGUGUUUGCACGGGCCUUGCUGCCUCCCCAGGUUUAGUUCAACUGCAGGCAGCAGCUUAGCCUGGAGCAUGGCAGAGCUGUGGGAAGGAACGUGCUGAGUGGAAAGGUGAAAGCUGUUGCUGCGGUCUGGGAAAAUGUGCUGGGAUUGUUUGGGGAAGUCAACAGUUCUUGCUGCCCUGCAGUGCCACCUUGCCAAAACGUAAGUGGCUCCGCGUCCCAGCGUGGGCACUGCUGGAAAGCCCUGGCCAGAGGGCCCAGCCAGGAGUGUCAGUCAAAGAAAAGCCUUCUGCACUAGAGAAGCGUCAUUGCUCGAGCUCAGGUUUGUUGUCCUGCUUUCUGGGUGUGGACACAAUGUGUGCUCAUGUGCUUUCGAUCAGCUUGACUUUGUACUUCCCUAACUACUGCAAGCAGUCACGAACAAACCUUUGUAAGAUAAAAAACUGUGAAUUUAUUUUUCUACUGACAUGCCUAAUCUUGGCGGUGACUACCAAUAAAUUCUCUAAUUGAUUAA